AUGGCAGCAACAUUGGUUGGUGGUUCUCUUCUUUCUGCUUUCCUUCAGGUUGCAUUUGACAGGCUGGCUUCCCCUCAAGUUCUGGACUUCUUUCGUGCAAGAAAACUUGAUCAGAAGCUGCUGAGAAAGUUGAAGUGGAAGCUGCGGUCCAUUGAUGCUUUGGCUGAUGAUGCAGAUCUACAACAGUUCAAAAAUCAACGUGUUAAAGCAUGGCUUGCUGAUGUCAAAGAUGCCCUGUUUGAAGCUGAAGAUCUCUUGGAUGAAAUAUAUGAAUUUUCCAUACACGAAGUGGAAGCUGAAUCUCAAAGAACUGAUAACAAGGUGUGGAAUUUGAAUUUCCCUAUAUCUUCUGUCAGUUUCUUUAAAAAUGAAAGUGAAAUUGAAACAAGGAUGUCACAAGUCCUUGAUGACUUAGAUGAACUUGCAAACGAAGGCAGUCGUCUAGGUUUGAAAGAGGCUAGUGGUGUUCGGGUUGGGAUUGGGGUUGGUUCAGGAUCCGAUAGUAAAGUGUCACAAAAAUCCUCAUCAACAUCUUUGUUGAGUGAGAGUGAUGACAUUUAUGGCAGAGAUGAUGACAAAGAUAUUAUCUUUAACUGGCUCACACCUGACACUGACUAUGGUGACAAGUUAUUAAUACUUUCUAUUGUGGGCAUGGGCGGUUUGGGUAAAACCACGCUUGCCCAACAUGUCUACCAUGAGCCGAGGUUAGAAGGUAGAUUUGAUAUCAAAGCCUGGGUCUGUGUUUUGGAUGAUUUUGAUGUUUUCAAGGUAACGAGAACAAUUCUUGAGGCGAUAACUAAAUCAACUGAUGAUAGUAGAAACCUGGAAAUGGUUCAGGGAAGAUUAAAAGAAAUAAUGACAGGUAAGAGAUUUUUUCUUGUUUUGGAUGACGUUUGGAACGAAAGCCUAUCUAAAUGGGAGCAAGUGCAGAAAGCUCUUGAUUCUGGGGCUCAUGGAAGUAGGAUUCUUGUCACCACUCGCAGUAAGAAAGUUGCUCUUUCCAUGCGCUCAGAAGAGCACCACCUGAAGGAAUUACAAGAAGACUAUUGCUGGCAGUUGUUUGCAAAACAUGCAUUUCAAAAUGAUACUCGUCAACCAAAUACAGACUGCAAGGAGAUUGGUAUGAAGAUAAUUGAAAGAUGUAAAGGACUUCCUCUAGCCUUGAAAACAAUGGGAAGUCUGCUACACAAUAAAUCAUCUGUUUCAGAAUGGAAAAAUGUAUUGAAAAGCGAAGUAUGGGAAUUGGAGGAUAGUGAUGUGAUCCCUGCUUUAGCACUGAGUUAUGACCAUCUUCCUUCCCAUCUCAAGAGAUGCUUUGCUUAUUGUGCAUUAUUCCCUAAAGGUUAUGAGUUUGACAGAGAGUGCUUAAUUCAAUUGUGGAUGGCUGAAAAUUUUCUUCAAUGUCAUCAACAUACCAAGAGUCUAGAAGAAAUUGGUGAACAAUACUUCAAUGAUCUAUUAUCGAGGUCCUCCUUUCAACAAUCAAACAGAUAUAAAACAUGUUUUCUCAUGCAUGACCUUUUAAAUGAUUUGGCAAAAUACGUUUGUGAGGACAUCUGUUUCAGGUUGGGAGUUGAUAAAGCAAAAGGUAUUCCCAAAACAACCCGUCAUUUUACAUUUGCAACCAAUCAUGUGGAAUAUUUUGAUGGGUUCGGAAGUAUACAUGAUGUUGAAAGGUUACACACAUUUAUGCCAACAGAUUGGAGUUGGCAUUGCAAGAUGUCGAUAGAUGACUUACUGUGCAAGUUUAAGUUUUUACGUGUCUUAUCUUUCUCCAACUGUUCUAACCUUACAAAGGUGCCUGACUCACUAGUCAAUCUUAAACAUCUCCGUUCAUUAGACCUCUCCAAUACCCACAUAGAAAAACUACCCGAGUCCACAUGUUCACUCUACAACUUGCAAAUACUGAAGCUGAACAAUUGUCCACUAAUCAAGGAGCUUCCCUCAAAUUUACAUGAACUCACCAAUUUGCGUCGCCUUGAAUUUAUAGAUACUGAACUGACAAAGAUGCCAGAACAUUUGGGAAAACUGAAGAAUCUUCAAGUACUGAUGAGUUCGUUUGAUGUUGGAAAAAAUAGGGAAUUCAGCAUUCAACAGCUAGGACAGCUAGAUCAUCAUGGAAGGCUAUCGAUUGGGGAGCUACAGAACAUUGAGAACCCCUCGGAUGCACUAGCAGUGGAUUUGAAAAAUAAAAGUCACCUUGCGGGGCUAAAGUUAAAAUGGAAUAGGGACCAGGACCCUGAUGAUUCAUUAAAAGAAAGGGAUGUAAAUGUCAUUGAGAAUCUACAACCUUCCAAGAACUUGGAGAAGUUGUCAAUCAGCCACUAUGAUGGUACAAAAUUUCCAACUUGGCUUGGAGAUCAUUCAUUAUUGAAUGUGGUGUCAUUAAGCUUGUUCCAAUGUAAAUACUGCCAAUGUUUGCCCUCCCUUGGACAUUUGCCAUUUCUCAAGGACCUCACAAUUUCAGGGGUUGACGGGGUAAAGGCUAUUCAUGCUGACUUUUACGGGAGUAACUCUUGUUCAUUCACAUCCUUGGAGACACUGAUGUUCUCCCGCAUGAAAGGAUGGGAGAAAUGGGACUGUCAAGCUGCGAGAAGUGCUUUUCCACGUCUUCAACAUCUUUCUAUUGAUUAUUGUUCCAAGCUGAAAGAGCACCUGCCGGUGCCAAUUCUUUGUUUCAAGACACUAUAUAUUCGACACUGCAAACAACUUCUGGGGUACGAUGGACUGGUGAAAAUGAAUGGGAAUUGGCUCACUCUUUUUCAAGUACACAACAUGGAGGCAUGGUUUGUGGAAUGGGUUGGAAAAAUGAUAUCUCAUCCUUCUCUUGAAGACUUGAAAGUUUAUUCUUUCCCGAAUAUGAAUAUUUCCAUGAGUCGGCACUAUGAUUUCCUUGUAACGUUGACCAUUCAUGACAGCUGUGACUCUCUAACGACCUUUCCUAUAAACUUCUUCCCAUCCCUCAGGUCCCUUUAUCUCCGGAGUUGUUGUAAUCUGCAGAUGAUUUUACAGGUACAUGCUCAUGAUCAUCUCCAGGACCUGACAAUCUGUGAGUGUCCCCAAUUUGAAUCAUUGCCUGAACAAAUGCAUAUCCUCCUUCCAUCUCUUGAAUUCCUAAGCAUACGAGAUUGCCCCAAAGUUGAGUCGUUCUCUGAUGGAUGUUUGCCAUCAAAUAUAAAAAGGAUGUAUCUCACCAAUUCCUCCAAACUUAUUGCCUCACUGAAAGGGUCUUUUGGAGACAAUCCCUCUCUGGAAACCUUGUUUAUUGGAAAGCUGGAUGCACAGUCUUUUCCUGAUGAAGGUUUUCUUCCACUCUCUCUUACUUCUCUACGGAUCUAUGAUUGUCAACAUCUUAAAAAACUGGACUUCAAGGGUCUCUGUCACCUCUCCUCUCUCAAGGAAUUGUUUCUUGUUAACUGCCCCAGCCUCCAAUGCUUACCAGACGAGGGUCUUCCCAAAUCCAUUUCAUAUCUUACCAUUUCAGGCAACUGUCCGUUGCUCAAACACCGUUGUCAACAACCGAGAGGCGAAGACUGGAGAAAGAUUGCUCAUGUUGAAAACCUAUCUAUUUUAUAA